UUCGCCAGCGGAGGCUGCACCGUCCUCACCGCGACCUUCUUCCCACAGGCCGAUCUGAGCAGCUUCGAAGUCGCGGCCGGCAGCGCGGAGGUGACAUACUUCCCGUACUUCGGCCAGACCGUCGAGGGGAAAACCGAACGGAUCCACUCGGGCCAUGCAGCGCAAUAAGCUCUUGAACCUUGCUGGCAUGAUGCCCUUGGAGAAGCAGUUGCAGGUCUUGCAGCAGGUGAUUGCCGAGUUCACGACGCCUCUGAGUCUUGAGCGUGAGGUGCUGGCAUGCGCUUUUUUCACCGCCAAGAAAGAUGUGAAUAAGCACGUUUUGACUUUCAACUUUCACCUCCAGGGCGUCUUGGCCAGGAUUGUCCCCCUGGUUGAAUUUGCUCUGGGGGCGGCGGGGGGGGAAAGGGUUUCGAGUGCACCGCCCAAGGGGCAACUCUUUAAAUGAUGGUGUGGGUGCCUUGAGGCCUUCUCCCACCGAGGCAGGCCACGAGCCGCCUUGGGGACGAGGGCGCCGGCCACGCGGCAUCCCGAGUGCUGCUGCAGAGCCCCUCGGCCAGAGCGUAAACUCAUGGAUUUAACCAUGAUGAAGCCAACUUUUUUCGGCCACAGCUUUCGACAGCAGGCGUCCAGAUGCUUGCCACGAGGUGUGAAGGCGCCCCGCGAUGCUGCAGACAGCUCUCGUGCCGCCGGCGAUGCGAUGCG